GACUGACCAAGUGAUACGCCUCAUCUCCGACGUUGGCUUCUUCAGCUGCUUAUUGAGCCUAAUGGGCCUCACACAGAAGAGAUAUCUUUAUCAAACUGGAUAUUUCUAUUGAAUAUCAUAAAGCAUAUUAUUGAUAGGAAUACAUCUGCUCCAUAUACAGAUUAUCUCUAUUCGAUAUACCCCCCAAAUGAGCUUCUCUGACCAGUUGCCCGCCGCCCGUGCUCGGCACAGCGACCUUCUCUCAAGACUCACAGCAGCCGCAUACGCGCCUGCCGCGUUGUCUGCGCAGACAGAGCUGGUCGCAAGCCUGAACACACAACUCGAGACGACAAAACAAAAGUUACAACGCGCUGAGACCGUUGCCCGGCAGCAAAAUACACAGCGCAUGCAGGGCAGCCGGUUCCGGCGGUUCGCAUACCGUGCUGUGGGCGAGAAGGAGACAUUUAAGGCCAGAGCCGCCAAGGGAGAAAGCGAGUACCAGACAGCAGUUGACGAGGCAAACACUUUACGGGCACAGCAGGAGACACUCGAGACACGCGUUCUGCAUGAGACAGACGCUCUGGCGAGGGUGAAAGGCGUGGAAGCAGAAUACACGGCCCUCCAGACAGAGCUGGACGCCCUGUACGGCUCCCUCUUUGACGGACCGACGCCCGAGUAUCCCGUUGAGGACGCGGCCGAGGAGGCGUUACACACCGCGCAGAAGCACUUCCAGGAGACACGAGCACGGUACCAGGGAGCACUGAGAGCGUCGCAGAAGCUCAAGACGGCACACGAGGCCAUCCAGGGGCUCGGCGUGCUGCUCAACGAGGCGCUGCUCUGCGCGCAGGUCGCCGUUCUCGGGCGUGAGCGACGCUCGGCCACCAUGGGCGCCGACUCGUGUCUUGAGCGCGCCGAGAUCAGGCUCGCUCAUCUCGUCUCGCUGGUUGGGAUGGCGAUGCGACUGGACGGCGCGGUGCACGCGCUGCCCAAGAUCACGAUCCCACGACAGACGGUCGCCAUGUGGCUUAUCCCCAGCGUCAGUGAUGCAGUUGCGUUCAAAACGGGCAUCGACCAGGCUAUCCUUGCCGUUAUGACGGCCGAGGCAGACCUCGUCGCGCAGCUGAACGCGUGCAGGGAGAGACUGGCCCUGCGGACGGCCCAGGGGAACCAGGCUGCUGCCGUGAUGGAUGCGGCCAAGCUGGAGUUGGAACGCAUUCGCAAGGCGAUUCUAGAGGGGGGUUCUGUAUAUGUGGGAGGGAGGCCGAAUGAGCUUCCGGGAAUUGUCUUGAACGAGAUGGCAGCUGAAAAGCCUGUGAAUGAGCUGGCAGGGACGACUGUUUUUGAGCUCUCUGCUGAGGACCAGCUGGCAGAGCUGCCAGUUUAGUAUUUUAUAUAGCUAUCUCUCCUCA